CCCCUUAGUUAUAAAGGACUAUUUAAAAAAUUUACUCUUACCAUAAACUCAAAAUCUGAUCAUAUUACUCUUCUCUACGGUAUUUAAUACUCCACAUUUAUUUACGGAGCACUACUUACUGUAUUUAUUACUAAUCAAAACAACAAAACAAAGUGUAAAGAAAUGUUGUCAUCUGCAAAGAAGCUUAGAUCUAUCAUUAACUCACCUGGAGUCCAUCUUCUUCCUGCUGCUUUCGAUGCUCUCAGUGCUAAGCUCAUCGAAAGAGCUGGAUUCUCUUGUGCUUUCACCAGUGGGUUCUCGAUAUCGGCCGCUCGAUUGGGAAUGCCGGACACGGGUCUCAUUUCGUAUGGAGAAAUGAUUGAUGUGGCACGAACAAUUACAGAGGCAGUUUCCAUUCCGGUCAUUGCUGAUGGUGACAAUGGAUAUGGGAAUGCAUUGAAUGUGAAGAGGACUAUUAGGGGAUUUAUUCAGUCUGGCAUUGCCGGGAUACUUCUCGAAGACCAGGUGUCUCCUAAAGCUUGUGGGCAUACAAAAGGAAGGAAGGUCGUGUCGAGGGAGGAGGCAAUAAUGAGGGUAAAAGCAGCUUGUGAUGCUCGCGAUGAGUGUGGAGGUGAUCUUUUCAUUGUGGCUAGAACUGAUUCUCGCCAAGCCAUAUCUUUGGAAGAAGCACUCUGGAGGGUCAAGGCUUUCGCAGAAGCCGGAGCCGAUGCGCUCUUCAUUGAUGCCCUCUCUUCAGUUGAAGAAAUGAAGGCUUUCUGUGCUGUUGCUCCCGGUGUCCCAAAAUUGGCUAAUAUGCUUGAGGGUGGAGGAAAAACUCCGAUACUCAGCCCUAGCGAGCUUGGGGAGAUCGGGUACAAAUUUGUGGUCUACCCUCUCUCCUUGAUGGCAGUGUCCAUGCGAGCAAUGCAGAAUGCACUGGUUUCUCUUAAAGAUGGUAAACUCCCGGCACCGGAAACCAUGCCAUCUUUUGAAGAGAUCAAGGACAUUGUCGGUUUCAACGACUACUACAAAGAAGAGGAACAUUAUGCCUCUGGUUCGUACUAACAACUGCUAACAACUGCUUUCUCUUCUUCUUUUUUCUCUCUUUUUUUUUGCGUUCGCAUAUUGCUCCACAUUUUACACUUCAUUGAUGGAAUUUGGAUCAACUCAAGACAUUUAAAGCCUUUUUUCUUUCAGUUAGUUCAGUCCAACUGAUAUAUUGGAUUAGUCCCACAAAGGGGAAAAACUUUGUUGUUUUAAGUACUGCAAGAAAAUAGUAAAUGGGGAAGAGGCUAUAUGCCACCAAGUAUUGUGUUUUUUUUCAGUUAUACUCCAAAGACAUUAUGAAUAAGAUAUGAGUAGUAAAUUGGGAUGACAUUA